GGCGCUUUAAUUAAACUCCCUCCAACUUCACUUUCCAUGCCGUGGCGCUUUAAUUAAACUUCCUCCAACUCCCAUUAACAAUGGGCAUUUCUUCCCCGCAAAACUCAGAGACAGAGUGUACCUCAAACUCAUCUCCACAAUCAAAGAAAAUAAAACGCAUUCGAGACACUAACAAACACCCAGUGUACCGUGGAGUGCGCAUGCGAAACUGGGGUAAAUGGGUCUCUGAAAUUCGUGAACCCAGGAAGAAAUCGCGCAUAUGGUUAGGCACAUUUCCGACGCCUGAAAUGGCUGCAAGAGCUCAUGACGUGGCAGCACUCAGCAUCAAAGGUGCCAACGCAAUCCUCAACUUCCCCGAGCUGGCUAACUCCCUCCCUCGACCGGCUUCGCUCGCGCCACGCGAUGUCCAAGCCGCCGCAACAAAAGCCGCGCACAUGGACAGUUUCGACUCGCUCUCUUCAACAUUCUCUUCUUCUGAUGAGUUGAGCCAGAUAAUAGAGCUUCCCUCGUUGGAAAGUGAUGGGUCUGAAAAGGAGGUUGUCUUGAUGGACUCUGUUGAUGCGUGGAUGUAUCAGCCACCGUGGCUAAACACCCCUCAAGAAGAAGAAGAGUUUGGUUUUCAGAGUUUGAUUUGGAAUAAUUAUUGAAUCUCUGUGUCUUGUGUUGUAUAAAAAUAUUAGCAUAUUUCUUUUUCUCAUUUCAUUUUUCUUACUCUUCGUUUUGGUGUGUCUAAGCUAAGCUGUGCUAUGCAGCCACUUGUGGUUCUUCUUUCAGUGGCUGCCACUUCCUCAUCUUGUAAUAACUUCUUCAUUUUUCUGGUGUUUUUGUUUCCCUUCCCUCUCAUUUUAGUUGUAAAUUGCUAGAAAUAAAUUGAAAGCACCCUGU